GGGUGAUGAUUCCGGAACAGAUGUCGUGGGAAAUUCAGAAAUGCCAGGAGAUCUGUACAGCUUUGGAGGCUGACCGGUUGUCUCUGGAGGAGGGCAGGCGGGAAAGUGAGCGGGAGGCAUCCAGACUGCAGGCAGAGGCUGCGCUGCUCCGUGAACGGCUCCAGCAACUGAAAGGGGAGGCCCAGCCCAGGGCUUUCCAGGAAGAGCUAGAGUGGGGAAGGAAAGAAAGAAGCCAGCUGCUGCAACAGAAAGCUGCCCUAGAGAGUGAACUGGAGCAGCUGGACAGGCUGCAGAUUGACCAGGUGCCGCCAGUCCCUCCUGAGAGGGUUGUGGUGUUUAAAGGUCACACAGAGGAGAAGGUGGAGAGAUCAUUUCUUGACAUGCUGUCAGUCAAGCCCCGGAUCCACUACCCCUUGGCCGGGGGGACGGCCCUGAUCACUUUCGAAAGGCCUGAGGUUGCCCAGAGGAUCAUCGCCCUGCGGGAGCACCGGGUUCAACUGGACGAGAGCAGCUCCAUGCGGGUGAAGGCGGAGCCAGUGGAGCUGCUGAUGCCGGUUUCCUUGGAGGUUAUCAUGGAGCGGAGUCCCCGGCAAGUCCUGCUGUCCGGGUUGCGGUUCCCGUCCCUCUCUGAGGAUCAGCUGCUGGACAAGCUGGCACUGUUUUUCAGCAAGCGGCAGAAUCAGGGCGGCGAGGUGGAGGUCAUUCAGCGGCUUAGUGGCCCUGGCCACGUGGCACUGACCUUUGUGGAAGAUGGAGUUGCUGAGCAGCUGAUCCAGAGAGGCCAGUUCCAGGUGUCCAUUGGGAAGGAGACAAGCAAAGUCAAGGUUUCGCCCUACCUAGACGGGAAAAUAUCAGACCUACCGCUCCGUCCUUUGGUCUGUCCUCGGACUGUCCUGCUGUCAGGGAUCCCAGACGUCUUGGAUGAGGAGUCGAUGUCUGAUGCCCUGGAGAUCCACUUCCAGAAGCCCAGCAAGGGUGGGGGGGAGGUGGAGGCCAUUGCCUACGUCCCAGUGGGCCAGUGUGCGGUCACUGUCUUUGAAAGAGAGGAGGGCGGAGCGGUCAGCCUUUCCAGCGCUGGGCCACUGUCUUGA